AGAGGUGACGCAGCUAACUGAUGCUACAAGCUGCAUUAGUUUGGACUCGGUUCUGUUUCCUGCUGUCUCCGCUUACUGGCCUGACGUCUGUGAGCUCAGCACGAACUCGCCGUGGUCAAAGGAAAUCCCGCUGGUUUUAAAAUAUGGCGCUGGUGUGAUGUUGGUCAGUGUUAGCGCGGAGCUAGCUGCUGUUAGUUUGUUUUGCUAACCUGAGUUAACUCUGGAGGACAGCUGCUGCUCUGUGUCCACCAAUCACACUCAGCUGCUAACCGCGGGGUCUGGAUUUCGAUUUGUUCGAUAUAAAUCAUCUGAGCCAGCUCAGUUUCCAGCAGCAGACUCCUAGGCUGAGCCAGCCGUUAGCAGUGGAUGAGAAACCCGAAGCUACCUGUAUCCCCGGCAUGAUUCCUGCGGUUGUUUGAUGGGGAUUUUAAGGAUCGUGAUGCUGCCCAGGAUCCAGCUUUUGGCUGUUCUGGCAUUCGGAGUGGCAAUGCUGCUGAUAGAGAACCAGAUCCAGAAACUGGACGAUUCCAGAGCCAAGCUAGAGCGCACCAUCGCCAGACACGAGGUGGCCGAAGUAGAGCAGCGUCGCAGCGAAGACAGGGGUGCGCGGGAACUUAGACCGCUGGCAGAAAACAACGACAUGGUCAUCAUCUACAACAGAGUGCCCAAAACAGCCAGCACGUCCUUCACUAACAUCGCCUAUGACCUGUGUGGGAAGAAUCGCUUCCACGUCCUGCACAUCAACACAACCAAGAACAACCCCGUCAUGUCACUGCAGGACCAAGUGCGCUUUGUCAGGAACGUCACCUCGUGGAGAGAGAUGAAGCCUGGCUUCUACCACGGCCAUGUGGCUUAUCUGGACUUCUCAAAAUAUGGUGUGAAAGGUAAACCACUGUACAUCAAUGUGGUGCGGGAUCCCAUAGAGCGCCUGGUGUCGUACUACUACUUCCUACGAUUUGGAGAUGAUUACAGGCCAGGCCUUCGACGGAGGAAACAAGGAGACAAGAAGACCUUUGAUGAGUGUGUGUCGUCAGGUGGGUCUGACUGCGCUCCUGAGAAACUCUGGCUGCAGAUCCCGUUCUUCUGUGGCCACCAUUCAGAGUGCUGGAAUGCAGGCAGUAGAUGGGCUCUGGAACAGGCCAAAUACAACCUGGUGAACGAGUACCUGUUAGUGGGAGUAACCGAGGAGCUGGAGGACUUCAUCAUGAUCCUGGAGGCAGCACUCCCUCGCUUCUUUAAGGGGGCCACAGAGCUGUACAGAACAGGAAAGAAAUCCCAUCUGCGGAAGACCACGGAGAAGAAGCCCCCCACCAAAGACACAAUAACCAAGCUGCAGCAGUCAAACAUCUGGAAAAUUGAAAACGAGUUUUACGAGUUUGCGCUCGAACAGUUUCAGUUUGUGCGUGCCCACGCCGUCAGGGAAAAGGACGGGGAACUCUUUGUCCUUGGCCAGAGCUUCUUCUAUGAAAAGAUCUACCCGAAGUGAACAAGGUGUCAGCAGGAAAGCGUUAACGAGGCUGCACGGGGACGAGUCGGGAACGCUGCAGGAGACACCAAGCGCUGCUGGAUUCACUGGGAUCCCGUUCAGUACUGUGGAAUUUCUACUUUUUUAUUACUAGUGCAGCUGUUGAAAAACAGUUUAUACUGUGAGAAAGAAUUUCAUCUCUAACUGUGGCUCACUGCAGACCUUAAAGACAGGAAGUGGGUUUUUUUGCUGUGUUUGGGUGGACUUUCAAAAUAAAAGCAGCACACCUCAACUAGUUCAGCAACUUGAAAACUGUGUUUUUAAAAAAAGGAAGUCAGUUCACAUUGUUUAUGUAUUUUUAUUAAAAAUGUUUACAAAGUGCAGAUGGUCACGGCUGCAUUCCUACAUGCUGUAUUAAUGUUUUUGGACCAAAAGAAAACCGAUUGGAUCGUUGCAUCCUUCGAUGCGUGACUAGUCAUUUUUUUAUCCCACUGAGAUCAACUUUUAGAUAUUUAACACAUUAUUUCAGUGAUUCAUCACAGAUAUUAAUGUGCAGCUUUUUUUUUUUUUUUUUUUAGAAAAGACAGCUCCUGUUGUUUAGCCUGAAAGGACCACAAGCUGUAGGAAGGUACUAAUUAUUAAUAGCAGGAAUGUGCGGGUACAGUGUUACUGUAGGCGAGAACAGACUGACAGUGCCUUUACUGUAAUGUACAGAACAUAUCUGAUCAUUUUCCUGUGACCCCACAGUCAUUCUUUCCUUUUAUUUUGGUGUAUUCUUUCUAUGCUUCCCACUCACCACAAUAACACUGAGCAUAAAUACACAACUGUAAUGUUUGUGUGAAUGAUUUUCGUCUUUAAUUCAACUUAAUGUGAGUUUAACCACUAGUUCAGAGUAAGCUGUGAAGCAGAGCCGACUUAAGAGCAGGGA